AUGUAUCUUCAAGGCCACACCUUUUUAAACCUUUCCAUUGGAGCAAGCAAAUCUUGCGAAACCGAAUGUCUUUACCGGAGAGAGUGCGUGGCAGUCAACAUUGGUCCAGCAAUUAAUGAUAUGAGGGUCUGUGAGUUGUGUAACUCAGAUCACAUACAGCAUCCAAAUGAUUUAAAACCGAGGGAAGGUUGGACGUAUAAAGGUACACAGGUAGGGCGAAUUUCACUGGAAUAAAUUAAUGACGGCAAUGGUUGUGAAUUAUCUUGUGGUAAGCGUUUAACUAUUCAUAGCCCAAAAAGUGAAGUUUUAGCUAUGGAAGUGAUGAUGACACUGGCGAUCAAAAGAUAGUGAUGACGACCCUUGGGUGUCAGAGACUUUUCAUAUGCGGUUUCCUGUUUCGGUUAACUGUUAUANUUUUUUUUUUCUGUAUUCUUAAGGGCAAAGCUAAUAAAAUAAAUAAAAUACAAUAGACGUUAACAUCGCUAUUUUUUUUAAAUGUAUCUUUUAGAUACCUGUGGUCACAUUCGGUAUUUGAAGUUUUUUGAUCGGGAGUAUGGCCUUUAUAUGUAUCUUCAAGGCCACACCUUUUUAAACCUUUCCAUUGGAGCAAGCAAAUCUUGCGAAACCGAAUGUCUUUACCGGAGAGAGUGCGUGGCAGUCAACAUUGGUCCAGCAAUUAAUGAUAUGAGGGUCUGUGAGUUGUGUAACUCAGAUCACAUACAGCAUCCAAAUGAUUUAAAACCGAGGGAAGGUUGGACGUAUAAAGGUACACAGGUAGGGCGAAUUUCACUGGAAUAAAUUAAUGACGGCAAUGGUUGUGAAUUAUCUUGUGGUAAGCGUUUAACUAUUCAUAGCCCAAAAAGUGAAGUUUUAGCUAUGGAAGUGAUGAUGACACUGGCGAUCAAAAGAUAGUGAUGACGACCCUUGGGUGUCAGAGACUUUUCAUAUGCGGUUUCCUGUUUCGGUUAACUGUUAUAGUGACCGCUCGUGUCUUCGGUUCUCUCCCGAAGAUUGCACUUGUCCGUCUUCCCUCCAGACAGCCAACCAAAAUGGAAUUUUACAAAGUCUAGCCAAAGAUCUGUCGAGUGGAAAUGAAGAAGACAUAAAAUAAUGAUGAGAAUGGUAAUAGGGAGCAUUGACUACUUGCAGUCUCUCAGGAUUGUCGCGCGUGCGAGAAUGUUACGUGUGAGCGAGCGAGCGAGGCAAACGCGCAAGGGGGAAGACGGAAGAGGAAAAGCCUCUCUCCAGUUCUCUUCUCGAGGGUCUGAAUGGGGAGGUACCAAGAUAACACUAAACACUUCAUUUUUUGGCUUUGUAACAUGAAAUAGUUAAUUUUAGGCAUUUAAACACUAACAGUAAAGAUUCUUUGAAACUAAUUUUUUCCCAGAUAGAAGCAAAAACGGUUCCAAAAAGGCCAAUAUUACUUUUUUAGUAUAUCAAGGAGUUUUUGGCCAUUUUACGACAAUUCCGGGUUAUUUCAGAAGAUUUCCGAAGACUGACGAAGAGGUCCGAUCAUUGCCGAAGAUGUCCGAAGAACCCUCCAAACACUUGACAGUAUUUCUUCGGAAACAGUAAACAUUAAAAAAUUGGCUAAUUUAACAGCAAACACUCAAAAUUACGGGUAAAUAACACCAAACAUCAAACCCCAUUCAGACCCUCCUUCUCGAUUGGUUCGCUCUCUCGAGCUCUGCCAAGUCUCGAUUUGACAGACUGAGUAGGGAACUGCUCGAAGUCUACAAGACUCCUACAAUAUAAUAUUAAAAUUUCAUGAAAUCUAAAUUACGCUUUCAUUUUCACUAGAAUAUUUGUGCCUAUAAACCUUGCUUGAACAAUGCAAAGUGUUUCCUUGGAUAUACGGACAAGAGGUUUCUUUGCGAAUGCCAGUCUGGUUACAUGGGAGAACUCUGCGAAACAGGUGAUUAU